UUACUUAUCAUCUAUCACCACUAUUUAGCGAAAACAAUCUCUCUUUUCCUUCUUUCCUCUAUCAAUUAUUUAAUCUAAAACCCUCGAAAUAAAAAUCUCUGAUCCAUUAAUUCUUCAAGGGCUUCUCCAUUUGAUCUUUAAAUUCAAUCCCAGAUAAAUUUUUGGUUAGCUGAUUCAGUAGUUUGAUCGAUGCCAGAAGAAGACUUGGUUGAGCUUAAGUUUAGGUUAUACGAUGGAUCAGAUAUUGGUCCAAUUCGAUAUUCUUCGGCUUCUACUAUUUCGAUGCUCAAGGAACGUAUAGUUUCUGACUGGCCUAAAGAUAAAAAGAUUGCACCCAAGGUGGCAAAUGAUGUGAAACUAAUAAGUGCCGGUAAAAUUUUGGAAAAUAGCAAGACGGUUGGCCAGUGUAAAAAUCCUUUUGGUGAACUCCCAGGAGGGCUUAUUACCAUGCAUGUUGUUGUGCAGCCAUCUUUAGCGAAGGGAAAAACAGAAAAGAAACUGGACGAUUCUCCAAGGAAAAGUUCUUGUUUCUGUACCAUCUUGUAAGACCGAAUAUGAACGGAGAAGAUGCAGAAUGGGAGGUUUAGCUUUGAAGAUAUUUACUCUCCACGCCAAGAUGUUUUCAUUGCUGGAAACACAAGUGAGUUGAAAACCAUGUUUCAUACUUUGUUCCUAGCAGCGUCAUUCAUCUAUGUUUCUGCAUUGUUGUAUUGAUGAUAAUGUUAUAUAUAAUGUAUAAACCAGGUUGUGCCUGUGUGCUUUAGUAGCUUCCAACUCUUUUUAACUUCCUAAAAUGUUUUUUCAAAAUUCUUAUCACCCGUGAUGUGGUGCGUCCAACUAAAUUUAAUCUCCUGUAUUUCCAGCGAGAAAGAAGAGUGAAAAACAUAGACACAGAUUGGAUAAAUUGAUUUA